GGCAACCUCCUCCACCUCUUCACCUCCCAGCCACAGGCAGCGCUACGGGGCCUGGCCCAGAAGCACGGCCCGGUGAUGUCCCUGCGGCUGGGCCAAAUCAACGCCGUCGUCAUCUCCUCGCCUGCGGCGGCGCAGGAGGUGCUCCGGGACAAGGACCUUACCUUCGCGUCGCGGCCGAACCUGCUCACCGCGGAAAUCAUCCUCUACGGGAGCAUGGACAUCGCCUUCGCGCCGUACGGGGCGUACUGGAGGACGCUGCGCAAGCUCUGCAUGAUGGAGCUCCUCGGCGCGCACAAGGUGCGGCAGCUCGCGUCCGUCCGGGAUGGCGAGACCCGUUCCCUCGUGAGGAAGGUCGACGCCGCGGGCCGAGGUGGCCAGCCAGUCAACCUCGGAAGUCUGCUCUGCUCGUGCUCGAUUGGGAUCACCGGAAAGGCGACGUUUGGGCAGCUGUGUGGCACGGAGCUUCAGGAACAGUACAUGCCGGUCAUCGAGGUGGCUGUGAAAGAAGGCGCGGGGUUCAGCGCCAGGGACCUCUUCCCGUCUCUGUGGUUCGUGGACGUCGCCACUGGGCUGACACGCCGGCGGUGGCGAACGCGCCGUCAGCUGGACGCCAUAUUUGACAAGAUGAUCGGCGAGUGCGAGGCACAGCGAGCGGCGACCAAGACCAUCGGAGAUGAUGAAGAAGAAGAGCACCUCCUGAGCGCCUUGCUUAGGAUCAAGGACGAGGGCAAGCUGGAGGUCCCCAUCAGUAUGACAAGCAUCAAAGCAAUCUUAUUUGACAUGCUCACCGGAGGAACGGAGACAACGUCGUCAGCCGCUGAGUGGAUCAUGUCGGAGCUCAUGAGGAACCCCGAGGCGCUGGCCAAAGCACAGGCUGAGGUUCGGCAAGCACUGGAUGGCAAGAGCCCGCAGGAGCAUGAGGGCCUCAUGGACAAGCUACGGUACACAAGGAUGGUCAUCAAGGAGGGCCUCAGGCUGAACCCAGUGCUGCCGCUCCUUCUCCCCCGACUCUGCCGAGAGACCUGCAACGUCGGCGGGUUCGAGGUCGCCAAGGGCACCACGGUCAUCGUCAACGCUUGGGCGAUGGCGCGGAGCCCCGAGCAUUGGCCCGACGCGGAGGAGUUCCGGCCGGAGAGGUUCGACGGUGGCGCGGUAGACUUCAAAGGCGGUUUGCAGUUGGAGUACCUCCCGUUCGGUAGCGGAAGGAGGAUGUGUCCCGGAGAUACCUUCGGGCUCGCCGUGCUGGAGCUCAUCAUGGCACGGCUUAUCUACUACUUUGACUGGAGCCUCCCCGAUGGGAUGCGGCCGGAUGAGCUCGACAUGGACAUGAUCGUCGGCACGACGGCAAGGAGAAAGAACCAGCUUCGUCUAUUAGCAUCGCCGUGCAAGGAGCUCCCAGUGGAAAUCUGA